AUGAACAUGGUGAAGGAGGCGAGCGGGCGGGAUUCGCCUGCCGAGUGGUCGGAGCCUGCGGAUGGUGGUGCCACGCUGGCUCUGCGCCUGCGCCUCUCCUGCAGCGCGCGAGACAGAGACCUGCGCGUGGGAGCGAGACACACGAUCGCGCACUGCAAGGCCGAGCUGCACGCACAAGAGGGAAUCGAACCUUGGCGUCAGCGCUGGUUUUACGGCGGGAAGCUGCUAGCUGAUCGGUUGCUGGUGGAGGAGGCCAAGAUCACGCCAGGGUACGUGGUGCAAGUCAUCGUCAGCACAGACCCGCACCCGCCCAGCUAG